GAACACCAUAAUGAGUAACAACGGACAAUGGAUGACAUCACUUCCAGACAAUCUACGGAGUAUUCCGGUCAUCAAUCUUGCGAUACCUGCCAUUAAACUGAAGACACAUCAAAUACAUGAAAUACAUACGAUUCACAAAGAGAGAGAGAGAAAUUGCAUUAAUUUCGCCUCCACUUGUAUGGUCGGCCGAUGGAGGUAUACAGUUGUAGUGGAAAAAAACAACAAGAGACUAGCCAACGCAAAGUGAACGCCACGCAAAUAUUACUACAACAAACAAAGCAACAAAAUCAGUCACCAGUCCAUAUACAAAUAACAACGGCGUAUCUAUAAAAGUUCUCGUACAUAUUUAUUCGCAUACAUACAUAUUAUAUGUAUGGAAAGCGACAAGUUAAAAAACAGCAGUGAGCCAUAUUAGCGGUCGAGCCAAAACAUUUUAGUUCAGUUUCUUGUGAGAAUUCAACCGACAAUAAUGUAUAUUUUUACAAUUUUUAGCAUUUUUGCACACAACAACUAUACCGUUUGUAUUUAACGAAUGUGGUAUUAAGAGCAAACAAUUUUUUCAUAAACAAGUUUAAUACAGUGUGAAUGUACGCAUUAUCCAAAGAAAUAACUACAUAAUUAUAUUAUAUAUACGAACAUACUUAAUACAUGCGCAUAGUAAGCACAUUUACAAAAGUCAACAAACGCCCUGGACAAACACGUUGAUUAAUACAUGUGUACAAAUAUAUUAAAGGUCUGAUUAAUGACAUUAUAUAGUUUUGAUACCAAGUUUAUAUGUAUGCCUACAAAAUAACAAAUGUGAAGACAAAAUUUACAAGACGUUCAGUAUCAAAGGCAGCUACAUAUUUAAGCUAAUAUUGAAGAAGUAAUAAGGAAAAAAUCUGUAUUUUCUUCGAUUGAAGAAAUAAAUAUAAAACAUCGAUAUAAACUACAAUAUAACGAAAACGUACAAGUGCCCACAGUGUUCAAGUGAAGCAGCCAAAUCGUUAAAAUCGGAAACAUCUAAAAAUCGAGUGCACGAAGCUUUCUUUGUAUUAGUUUUUGUUUUGUUUUUACCAUGGAUGUGUGGGGUGUUUUUGUUGGUGACUCAACUAUGUCGUAUGGUGGGUCAGUACGCCACACCUACUAUCGUGACUAUGAGCAGUUUCCUUAUGGUACCUUGGAGCAUAGUUCUAGUCCACCAUCAAAGGAUUGCUACAGCAAGGUUCAAGAAAAAUGUAGACAAGUGAAAUCAAUGAAAGACCAAAAGAAAGAGUGCCCAUUUUGCAAGGAACAGAAAAAGCGGCCACUCACCACUUACAUGCGUAAACGUGGAGUUCGCAAACAUAAGGACAGCAUUUGUGAAGAACACGAGGAAGCAAUUGAAGAGGCUGAGGAAUUGGACGAGUCGGAAAAGGCGAUAGUGCCGCCGACAUUACCAGAACAGUGUUCAAGAGCACACAAAAUAAAUGACAAUAAUUUAAAUACAAAUUGAAGAGCCGAAAAUAUUUACGAUGCGCGACUACAAUAGACCUUUUCUGUUUUUAAAAAGGAAAAAAAUUGCAUAAUGUCAAAAUUUCAAUACAAAAAAAAAAAAUAUUUUUAUUAGAUAAAGUGACGAUUUAAAGACACAUCUUUUUUGUAAGAAUACAUUUCAAAGCAUGUAUGUAAGCAUGCAUGUAUGGAGCAGAUUUUUUAUAGCACAACAAUAACAAAUACACUACCAUUUUUCAUAUUUUCUAUACGUAUUGCAUUUGCACAAGAAUAUUUGUAAUGGAAAUCAAAGCGAGACGAAAUUAUUAUUGUAACUUUUUCUUAACAAUACUGAAGUAAUUAUUGAAAUUAAUAUUCAAAAACUUGUAUUUGAGUAUAUGUUAUAGCAAUAACGCAGAUAUAUGCAUUUCUUUUUACAAUCGUAUGUUUUUUUUUUUGCAUAUUUACAUAUGUAUGUAUAAUACAAUAUGUAUAUCCUACUCGUAUAGAGAAACUGGAUUUUUACUAUAUUUAUUAUAUAAAUAAAUACUUAAAUAAAAAUAAACAAUAGUUGUAGGAGAGAGACUGAAUCAGGCAAGUUAAUGUUUUCAAUAAAAACGAAUUAGUUUAUAGUUUUUAUUACUAAAUCCUUCCAAAUAAUGAUUUUUUGCUAUUUAAAACACAUUAAUUUGUAUGAGUAAACUAAAAAAAAAAAGCUGUAGAAUGAGAAAAAUAUAUAAAAUAUGAAAAAGUGCAUUGGAGCAAACAAAACGGCGUUGAAUCUGUCUAUAUUAGACAACACAUGUAAAUAAGUACAUGAUAUUAUAUAUUAUACGCAAAUGAAAACUGUUUGAAUAUGGCUUCUGGUUAUUGCAUACAUAUGUACCAUUUGUAGCUUUGAAAGUUAACAUAUUGAUAAAAA